AUGAAAAGAAGCGCAGCUCAAAGAGAUACGCCAGCUAAAAAGACCCGUGCAUCCUUGAAUAGAAUCCCUGCCCAGAGCACGAAACCGCUCAGUGUUUACAUGUUUGGUUCGGGCACGAUUUGUGAGCUCGGACUGGGUCCGCGGGUCACUGAAGUGAAGCGGCCCCGCUUGAACCCCUUGCUUCCUCCCAACGAAGUCGGAAUCGUGCAGCUUGCUUGCGGUGGUGCUCAUACGAUUGGAAUCGACGUCAAUGGCCAUGUUUGGUCGUGGGGCCAGAAUGACGGUGGUGCGUUGGGUCGUCUUUCAAAGGAGCAGGAUGACGAGAUUGACGAGGACAACGAUCUGAAUGCGAAAGAGUCUACCCCUAAGCGUGUCGAAGGUUUGAGUGAAAACACAGUGUUUGUAGCCGUUGGUGCCACUGACAACGUCUCUGCUGCUGUCACCGCUGACGGACGGGUGUGGGCUUGGGGCACGUUCACCGACGAUGGCCGCAAAUGCUUCCGCCCCGGUGUCAAGUACCAGCGUGAGCCCUGGCUUGUGCCGAAUGUCCGCGGCGCUGUCGCCCUGGCUGGUGGUAAGGACCAUAUUCUUAUCCUCGACAAGAACGGUAAAGUUUGGGCUUGGGGAACUGGCCAGAGCCAUCAGCUCGGUGUCAAGGUCAACCCGAACCUUCGCACGCAUACAUUCGGACCUUUUAAGGUUCCUGGCGUUAAGGACAUUGUUUACAUCUCGGCCGGUGACUACCAGUCGUUUGCCAUCGACAAGAACGGGAAAGUCUGGGCAUGGGGCCUCAACAACUUUGGCCAAUUAGGAAUCAGCGAAGGCGUUGGAGCUGGUGCUAUGAUCGAAAAGCCCACCGAGGUUGAAUUUUUUACCUCCAAGCACAUCACUCAGAUCGCUAGCGGAAGCCACCACACUGUUUGGCUCACUGAGGACGGGGAGGUCUGGACGGUCGGCGAAACCAACUUCCACCAGCUCGGCGUUCCUUAUGACAACUUGCCGGCUGAUACUGUACGCGAAAAGGACGGUACUCCCUCUUAUAUUACUACUCCCAUGAAGUUGACCAAGGGUGCAUUUGAAGAAGAGCCAGUUGAUCUACCGAGAUUCAAGUUUAUUGCUGCCGGAACCGACCAUUCUCUGGCAAUUUCCAAAGAAGACGGAAGCACUUGGACAUGGGGUUUCGGUGACGUGUACCAACUAGGACAUGGUAAGCCCGCUGGUGAAGACAGCCCCGAGGACGAGCCUGUGCCCACUCGGAUUAAAAACACUGCUACCACAGGAGUCAAUAUGUGCUGGGCUGGUGCUGGCGGCCAGUUCAGUGUGAUUGCUGCUGUUGCGUAA